AUGACGACGAGCUUGAUGUACACGUCGGCGACGAAGCAAAGCCGCUUCAUCCACCUCGAAUGCAACGAGCCGCUCUUCCAGACGUCGUACAAGCGGAACAACAAGAGCUCGGGGCACAAGAACCUGCGCUGCUUCCCGCACUGCUGCAAGACACACAACGCCCAUGGCUACUGCGGCAGCACGCUGCUCGUCGAGACAGCCAGCACGCAGGCCGACCUCGUUGUCUAUGCCAAGUUUGAUCUCGAAGCGUCGCAGUCACUUCUCGUCGGCGACGUGGUGCCGCAAGCGACGUUUGAAGCGCCGCCGUCGCCGCCACUGAUAGGCGACACGUGGAUCCAGGCCAAGCGGAUAGACAACCCGUCGUUUGAUGGGUACAUUCCCGGUCGCCAGAUCUUUGAGAUCAACUCGAAGCGCAACUCGUGGCACUAUGGCUGGGUCAGCUCUCGCUUUGUCAAGAGCAACGUCCAGCAUCAGAUGAAGGUCUUCCUCCUCGCGCCGCACUCGAUGGGCCAUCUCGUUGUUGUCGACGUGCUCUCAUCGCUGAGCUUCCGCAUCGAGUCGACGCGGACCGGCGCCAAGCAGCUCAAGGCGCUCAACCCGGACGCGGCCGCAAAGAAGACCAAGCCCAAGCGACCACCGACACCCGAAAUUGUCCGGCCAAGCAACAACGAGGCGCUCAAGGCGUCGCCGACGUAUGCACCGCCCAUGUCCAUGAAGGACGAAGCGUACUUGAACCCGAUGCUGAUGCACCGACGACCGCACCAUCCGCCGACUUAUAUGGAGCCGCCGCCACGCUACAUGGCCGAACCGUGGAAGCCCGCGUUGGAGCUGCCAGCGUCGUACGGCUAUCGGCCUGCGCCGUUCCAGAUGCUUGCGACUGACAGCCUCUUUAGCGACCGGGACUUUCUCGAUACGAUCAUUAGCGACAUGCAGCAAGACGACAUGACCCCUCGCGGUGGCCCGUCCACCGUCGUGCACCUUGCACGGCGGUAUUAG